UAGUUAAUCUUAUUAUUCUCUGUUUUUUAUUAUUUUAUUUUUUUCGACUCUUACUGGGGGGAUGUUCUCUAUUCUCCCCUAAUGGGGUAGACUUUGUCUGCUUCAAAUUCUUCUUUUUGCUGGUUUUUUUUAGCUGUAUUGCAUCUUCUUCUGUGCUUGUUUUUUGGUUGUUGUCGCUGUUUCAUCUUCGGUACGACCUCGUUUCGAUGGCUCAAACUGAGGGUAUUCCAAGGGGUUCUUCUAUUGCGCAUGCGGAGUCAGGUUUGGGUGGUGGCAAUGAUCUAUAUCCAGAACUAUGGAAAUUAUGCGCAGGCCCGUUGGUGGAGAUUCCUCGGGUUCAAGAGAUAGUCUUUUACUUCCCUCAGGGUCACAUGGAACAAUUAGAAGCAUCAACUAAUCAAGAACCUAAUCAUGAAGCCCCAGUGUUUAAUCUUCCUUCUAAGAUUCUAUGUCGUGUUCUUCAUGUCCAGUUAAUGGCUGAACAAGAGACUGAUGAAGUUUAUGCUCAGAUCACUUUGCAGCCUGAAGCAGAUCAAAGUGAACCAACGAUUCCAGAUCCGUUCCCAUCUGAGGCUCCGAAGAGGGCAGUUCAUUCCUUCUGUAAGAUUUUAACGGCAUCGGACACUAGCACUCAUGGAGGGUUUUCCGUCCUCCGAAAGCAUGCCACCGAGUGCCUGCCUCCUUUGGAUAUGAAUCAAGCUACUCCAACUCAGGAGUUGAUUGCCAAGGAUCUUCAUGGGUACGAGUGGCGAUUCAAGCAUAUAUUUAGGGGGCAACCACGGAGACAUUUACUUACAACUGGGUGGAGCACCUUUGUCGGUUCUAAGAGAUUGGUUGCGGGAGAUGUAUUCGUUUUUCUUAGAGGUGAUAAUGGAAAACUAAGAGUUGGGGUUAGGCGGCUCGCUCAUCAACAGAGCACAAUGCCUUCGUCGGUUAUAUCCAGCCAGAGCAUGCAUUUAGGAGUGCUCGCUACUGCUGCUCACGCUGUUAAAACUCAGACUUUCUUUGUUGUGUACUACAAGCCAAGGACAAGCCAAUUCAUAAUAGGAGUAAACAAGUACCUGGAGGCUAUUAACAAUGGAUUCUUCAUUGGCAUGCGUUUCAAGAUGCGAUUCGAGGGUGAAGACUCCCCUGAGAGAAGGUUCACCGGGACCAUAGUCGGUGUUGGAGACAUUUCCCCACAUUGGUCAGAAUCUAAAUGGCGGUCCUUGAAGAUUCAAUGGGAUGAACCUGCAAUAAUAGAAAGGCCAGAGAGAGUUUCUCCUUGGGAAAUAGAGCCAUUUGCGGUUUCUACUAACAUAAGUCUUGAACAACCGGCUUCAAAGAACAAAAGACCACGACCGGUUUAUAUUCCGGCUUCUGAAAUAACUGGAAAUUCAGAUGGUUCAGCCUUCUGGUGUCGCGAUUCGACCGUGUCUCACGAACUUACCCAAGUAGGAACUGGAAGCAUAACUGAAGUCCAAAGCCGUGAAAGCCAAGUUAUUUGGCCAGUGAGACAGAAUGAAGUUAAUAGCAAUAUUAUCAAUAGUGGCAGAGUUUAUAACUCAAUGACUCGACUUGAAAAUUCCUGGCCACCUUCAACUCUUUUAAAUGUCUCUCGAAACAUAUUUCGCAAUCCAGGGGAUUCAUCUUCAGUUCUAUCCCGGCCAUGCAAAGGCCUGAAGCAUGACCUAGUUGAAAAAGGAAAAAACUCUGAAAUGUCUACAGGUUGCCGGUUGUUCGGGUUCAAUUUGAGAGAGAGCAGUAAUGCAGUGAGAGUGAACGAUAUAGCUUCAUCCCCUAUUGAUCAAAAUCCAGAAACUUCAAAGUCAUCCAAGGAGCAGAAGCAAGUUGCAACAUCAGAGACGUCAACCAAGGAGAUUCUGGCUAAGCAGGGUACUGCAACUUCCAUGCGAACUCGUGCCAAGGUACAAAUGCAAGGCAUUGCAGUUGGUCGUGCAGUUGACUUAGCUUCAUUGAAAGGAUACAAAGAUCUCAUAAACGAGCUGGAGAAAAUGUUCGAUAUAGAGGGAGAGCUUUCUCCCCAUAGUAAAUGGUCCGUUGUUUAUACCGAUGACGAGGGUGACAUGAUGCUUGUGGGCGAUGAUCCCUGGCUGGAAUUCUGCAAGAUGGUAAGAAAGAUCUUCAUAUAUUCGAUCGAGGAGGUGAAGAAAAUUAGUGACAGAUGCAAAUUUCCAGCCUCAUAUUUGAAGAAAGAAGGGACUGUUGUAAGCUUGGAUUCAGAAACAUGAAAAAGCUUGAAAGCCCAUCAUAUUAUAUUUGGUAUUGUUUAUGGUCAAACAAUAG